GGUCUCCUUUGGAAGAUGGAACUCUUUGUCCGUUUUCCAGAAUGUGUUUCCAAGCCCAUCAGUGAAACAUGAUACUGCUGCUCUGUGUUGAAAUGCUUGAAGAACACCCACAUCUCUGCCAGCGCCUUCCAUCCUGCUGAAACCAUGGUCUUCUCCGCGGUGUUGACUGCAUCCCAUACUGGGGCAACCAACACAACAUUCGUAGUCUAUGAAAACACUUACAUGAACAUUACGGUCCCUCCGCCAUUCCAACAUCACGGAGUUGGUCCGCUGCUCAGAUACAGUAUGGAAACCAUGGCUCCCACUGGGAUCAGUUCCUUGACAGUGAAUAGCACAGCUGUACCGCCAACACCAGCAGUUUUUAAGAGCCUAAACUUGCCUCUCCAGAUCAUCCUUUCUGCUAUAAUGAUAUUUAUUCUGUUUGUGUCUUUUCUUGGGAACUUGGUUGUCUGCCUGAUGGUUUACCAAAAAGCUGCCAUGCGCUCUGCGAUUAACAUCCUCCUCGCCAGCCUGGCAUUUGCAGACAUGUUGCUUGCAGUGCUGAACAUGCCCUUUGCCUUGGUAACUAUUCUUACUACAAGAUGGAUUUUUGGGAAAUUCUUCUGUAGGGUAUCUGCUAUGUUUUUCUGGAUGUUUGUGAUAGAGGGAGUAGCCAUCCUGCUCAUCAUUAGCAUUGAUAGGUUCCUUAUUAUAGUCCAGAGGCAGGAUAAGCUAAAUCCAUAUAGAGCGAAGAUUCUAAUUGUAGUUUCUUGGACGGCUUCGUUUUGUAUAGCUUUUCCUUUGGCUGUAGGAAACCCUGACCUGCAGAUCCCUUCCCGAGCCCCCCAGUGUGUGUUUGGGUAUACAACCAAUCCAGGUUACCAAGCUUAUGUGAUUUUGAUUUCUCUAGUUUCUUUCUUCAUACCCUUCCUGGUGAUACUGUAUUCGUUUAUGGGCAUACUCAACACCCUUCGGCACAAUGCCUUGAGGAUCCAUAGCUACCCCGAGGGGAUAUGCCUCAGCCAGGCCAGCAAACUGGGUCUCAUGAGUCUACAGAGACCCUUCCAGAUGAGCAUUGACAUGGGCUUUAAAACACGUGCCUUCACCACCAUUUUGAUUCUCUUUGCUGUCUUCAUUGUCUGCUGGGCCCCGUUCACCACUUACAGCCUGGUGGCAACAUUCAGCGAACACUUUUACUAUAAGCACAACUUUUUUGAGAUUAGCACCUGGCUGCUCUGGCUCUGCUACCUCAAGUCUGCAUUGAACCCACUGAUUUACUACUGGAGGAUUAAGAAAUUCCACGAUGCCUGCCUGGACAUGAUGCCUAAGUCCUUCAAGUUUUUGCCGCGUCUGCCUGGCCACACAAGGAGACGGAUCCGUCCCAGUGCUGUCUAUGUGUGUGGGGAACACCGGACAGUGGUGUGAAUAUUGGAACUGCCUGGACAUUUUGGGUGAUGGUUGUUCUUUAUCUGACUUUGAAUUUUCUCUCACAUGGGUUCUCCAAGUAUACUUACUGUUUUUUA